CAUUUGGUUAAAACGUGAGAAUUGAUUUGAAUUUCUCAGCCAAGAACGCAUCAAAUACCAGCCAAAAAUGGCCCGUUCUGAGGUGGAGACCAAACCGAAGCCCAAGGGCAAAAAGCGCAAGCACGAGAAAGCAGCAGCUGCCUCGAAUAACAGCAGCGACGACGAGGUGGCCACCAAAAGUUUGAUUGUGGAGCCCGAAAUGGAGGAGCAAGCGCAGAGAGCAGGCAAGCGUAGGCAAAAGGAAAAUGACGCCUUGGCCAAGCAAAAGCGCAUUAAACAGUCCCCAGUAGCCGUGGCCCCCGAAGAGGUGGAGGAUAACCCACAAAUUAGUCCCCGGAAGGUAGCCAAACGCAAGCAGCGUGAGGAGGCGGCUGCCCUCAAAGCGAAACGCAGCAAGGACGAUGGGGACGAUGAUGAGGAAAACGAGGAGAGCCUGCCCACAGAUGCACAACUGCAGGAGGCCUCCAAGCCGGAGAACACCAAAGCCAUUGUCACCGUGCGCCAGAAGAAGAAACAGAAGCAUCAGCAGCGUCUCGAGGCCCAAAAGGACCAGAACUCCAACAAGGAGGCCAAGCGCAAUGAGGAGUACCUGCUGCAGUGGAAGAACUCCCGGGCGGAGUGGAAGUUCGUGAAACUACGCCAGAUAUCCAUACAGCAGACGGCCUUCGAUGAGGAGAAGCUUGCUGCAGAGAUCUGGGACAUAGCCCUGGAGUAUCUGGCCAGUUCCCAGGGCGCAGCUCGCGCAAAAAUCAGCAAACUGGCUGAUGAGGUCAUCGAAAAGCUGGACAAAGAGGGAGAGAAGCUUGAGGAUGAGGCGGAGCGCCAGAAACUGAUAGAAUCUACACGCUAUCAGCGAGCCCGUGACCUACUCCAGAGCUUCGAUUGAGUGUUACGCCUAUUGUUAGUGUUUUUUCUCUAGAAUUUAAUAAAUAAAACUCUUUCUAUUUUGUAAAUUACAA